CAACAGAAACCAAAAUAACCACAAACAGCCCCAAACAACGCCGUGUGCCUGCGCGGGUCGAAUAGUUGUUCAACUCGGAAUAUUGCAUUCGAUAGCGUUUAAAAUUGUUGAAACGGAAAUGGAAGAGGCUCAUCUGUAACUCCGGAAUAUUAUCCCAGGUCCAAAAUAAAACGAUUGUUCGGCGUGACCAGCAUACCCUUCUUCACCGUACCUGCCAACCUUGAUUUGGAGGAAAUUUCGUGCAUUUGAUGUAAAGGAUGGCUUACGCGGUGCUGGAAACGACGGACGUACUCGGGAAUAAGGAGAUUCUAGCUGCACCCGAGGGCUGGGUCCGUUGCACAAAUGGCAAACAGUACCUCUGUUGGCCGAACGUGCGGAACAUUAACUCGCUAAAUGCACUGCUACAGGAUGCGCAUAGCGUACCGUCAUUGAUGUGGGAAAAGCACGAGUGUGUCAUUAAGCGGUCAAACCUGGCGACGCUCGCGCUGGCAACUAAAGCGAUAGACGACAUGCAGAACCCCAGCCCAGAAAAGGGCGCAAGUGCCAAAGCUACCUCUAACAGUCCUGCCGCGAACACGCGUAAAAAUGCGCAGAAAAGGUUGCUCGAUGAAUCGACCCUUGACGAUGCUGCCUGCUCCGACGCGGAUCUAUUGCAGGAAGGAGCGGCACCUAGAACGUCCCAAGCAAUGGAAAUGUUUAUCGCACUCCAGCGCCUAAUCGAAAAGAAUCAAGAGGAGAUGACGAAGAAAAUGAACGAAGGCUUCUAUCGAAUACAGAAAACAAUGGUCAGCCUAAUGCACAAGCGGGGAGAUGUAGAGGACUUGACGGACGCAUCGGACACCUCGAACACGGUUCCGGCAGCAGCAGCAGCAGCAGCAGCAUCACCAGCGCCGGCGGCGGUUAGCACCAAAAAUUACUUUGGCUUCAAUAUGAAACCUCUCAAAACUGUCGAAGAAAUGUACAAGUUCGAGGAGCGGUUGAACGCGGAAAACUAUCGCAAGCAGGUGCACGCCUGGAUCGACAGUAUCGUUUCGUACGAGCGCAAUCCGGAGGCUCGCAUGAUGGAAAUUUUGGACCUCAUGUUCGAUCGGCACCUGCUGCCGCUGUUCAGCUGGACCGGCACUAGCACGAGGGGGAUCAAGAAGCGGUCGUUCGCGAAGUAUCGUAAUAUCAUCAGCCUGUAUGCGUACACCGGGACGACCUCUACGCACCAGGCGGACAAGCUCUUUGUGUCGCAGUUUUUUAUGAAAAAGCUUCGACACGCAACGACCCGUGCCGCUACGCUGAAGGGGCUGCGAAGGUGCGUACCGCACUCGCCGGGACCGAGAAAAAUACGAACGAGCAAGCCGGACAACAGUGAGGUGCGUGAGGUCGACGGGAUCACAAAGUACGUUAAGAUAAGCCGGGUCGACUACAGCACCAUCUCGGAGAAGGUGCCCAGUGACUCUGGUAAGGAUUGCAAGGAUAGCAUUGGUAACAGCAGCAGCAACAACUUGCAGACGCAGUUCAAACAAGAUUCAAACGACACGCAGGAUUUUAUGGAGGAUGACGACGAGUACAUAGACUUUAGCAAUAUAGAGCUCAAGCCGGAGGAGGACAUGCAGCCAACAUUGUUCAUGAGCGCGGAUGAGGAGUCGGAACUGAGUUCUAAAGCUCGCGUUUUAAUUUGUAGGAUGCCCUACAUCUUAGUGGAAAUAGUGGACGAGGGUGGCAACAAGGAGCUGAUUGCGGCGCCCGAAACAUGGCUCGAGCGGGACGAAAGAGACUCGCAAGCGUUCCUCUGCUGGCCGAGUGUGCGGAACAUUACCACGCUCAAUGCGCUGCUGGCCGACGCCAGCAGCACUCCGUUGCCCGGGUGGGAAAAACACCCGUGCGUGAUCAAGUGCUCAAACAUACAGUCGCUUGCGAUAGCUGGCAAAAUGAUUGACACCUUACAAAAACACUGGAAGGACUAUGGCGGUGGUGCGUCGAAAAGGAGCAACCGACCGGGUGAUGCCAGCAAUGGGUCGAGUUUGAAAGUGAAGCAAGAAAAUGGUUUCCGGGAUGGGAACCGGACGGCUGCGCGGUUCGAGGACGAAUCGGACGAAGAGGAGCUGACCGGCAUGCUCGUCGAGCUGACGCGUAAGAUCGAAAGCAGCAACGAUGCGGUCAGAAAAAGACUGUACGAUGGUUUCCGUCGGGUGGAGAAAUGUUUGGACGAGUUGGCAGAAGAAUCGCUUCCCAUACCGAGUAGCAAUACAACCAACCUGCGCAAGCCAUCCGCCCAGGCAUGGUCACCGCCGCACAGCGCGUUCGAGUUUUACGUCAACCCGCUUACCUGCAUUGAAGAGAUGAACGAUUUCGAGGAGCGUUUGUACGACGACGAAUAUCGAACGCAGGUUCACCGUUGGAUCGACUACACCAUCGGCCACGAGCGCAAGCCGGUCAAGCGCAUGGUGGAAAUACUGGACGCGCUAAUAGAUAUCGCUUUUUUGGCGAAAUUUACCUGGACCGGCCGAAGCAGAACGGGCAAACUUGCCCUGGUGGACUACGCCAACAUUGUUGACCUUUUCCAGUACGCCGGUACGACACAGACGCACCUAGCCACGCCACGGUUUGUGGCAGAAUUCUUUUCCAGAAAGCUAAACCACCUUUCCGCGGCAAAGCUGAGACAAGCGCAGCAAUUGCGCAACCUUCCGACGGGGGACAAACAUCCAACCUACACGGAAGAAGACGACGAUGAGAGCACCCAGACAUCCGCGACACCAUCGUGUACGUUAGAGGACGAAGAUAGCAGCAUCGCAGAAACCUCGGCACCGGAGACGAUUGCGACAAAAGACGUCAACGCGGCAUCCAGCGCUCCUUCUUCUCCUCCUUCUACACCGCACCCCGUUCUUCAAACCGCACAAAAGAUGCAGCCCAAAAAGCUCACCACAAGCUCGGAGAUUAUUAUCGAUCGCUUUAACACCAUCGAAGAGUUGGAUGCGUUCGAAGAGCAGCUGAACGAUCCGGAGAUUCGUGUGCGCGUGCAUCGCUGGGCUAGCGAAACGGUUGGCUACGAAUCUGAUCCAGAUCGUCGCAUGAUGGAAAUGUUGGACCUCUUGUUUGAUCGUCACUUUCUACCCAAGUUUACGUGGCGAGGAAGGAGGGAAGGAAGCUACGCCCUGUUCAGGUACAGCAACAUCCUGCGGCUGUUCCAAUACAUUGCCACUAGCGCGACGCACCUUGCCGACCCGCUUUAUGUGGAGAAAUUUUUAUCCAACAAGCUGAGACAUGCUAGCGUACGGGCGGAGCUGUACCAAGGGUUGCGAAAGUCGGUGCCGAGGAAGCGGCGCCUUGUAUAA